AAUUCGGCAUCGACCCGGCCGGGGCGCGCGGGUGGCUGCGGCCGGCCCGCGGGGUGGGCGUGCGCCGAGGUCUCCGUGCGCCCGCGAGGCCGAGCGGCCGCCAUGGCCGACGUGAGUGUGGAUCAGUCCAAGCUGCCGGGCGUGAAGGAAGUGUGUCGAGAUUUUGCUGUCUUAGAGGACCACACCCUGGCUCAUAGCCUGCAGGAACAAGAGAUUGAGCAUCAUUUGGCAUCAAACAUUCAGCGGAACCGCCUGGUCCAGCAUGAUCUGCAGGUGGCUAAGCAGCUCCAAGAAGAAGACCUGAAAGCCCAAGCUCAGCUCCAGAAGCGCUUCAAAGACCUUGAACAGCAUGAUUGUGAAAUUGCUCAGGAAAUUCAGGAGAAGCUGACCAUUGAGGCUGAGAGACGACGUAUUCAGGAGAAGAAGGAUGAGGACAUAGCACGUCUUUUGCAAGAGAAGGAGCUGCAAGAAGAGAAAAAGAGGAAGAAGCACAUUCCAGAACCUGGUGGGGGCCGUGCUUUUGGAGAUGGCUACUAUCAUGAAGAUGGAGACCAGCCAAGGUCAAGGAGGGCCAGGGAAUUGGGUUCUGGAUACUCAAGGUUUUAUAGACUCCAAAAUGAUGGGAAGACUAUAAAGCAGAAGAAGGAGAAACCAAAGCAUGCACUGGAAAACUUGGAAGAUCUGGAGGAAUCUUGUUCAUCAGAGAGAUCUCUGCUGUCUUCUAACUCAGGCAGAAGGAGGGAUGGUGCUCAACCUUCCAGUGAUUUGCAUGAAAGAAAAUGGGCUGGUCAAGAGAGGCUCUGCAAACCUCCACUUCCGAAGAUCAGUGGUGAGGUAUUUCUGAGCACGGAAUCUGAUGACUGGGAGGCUAACAAUAGCCCUAGAACUCGAAGUUGGGAAAAGCAGUCCCGACACCAUGGCAGACCUUCACCCAAGUCUUCACAGAAAACAGGGUUUCCCUCUAAGGAAGUUGUGUGUGGGAGGGACCGUGGGCAAGGCGAUUACAGAGAAAGGAGACGUAAGCCCAGGACUCCUUCCUUCUCAGAGGAUGAAGAUCUUCACCACCACCGUGACACAGGAAUGAAACCAAGAGGAAUAAAAGAGUCUGCCAGUACUCCUGCACGAAUGAUGCACAAGGACCAGGAAUGGCACGAUGCCGAAAUUGCUCGAAAAUUGCAAGAGGAAGAACUCUUGGCCACCCAUGUGGACGUAAGAGCUGCUCAGGUUGCCCAGGAUGAGGAAAUUGCUCGACUUUUGAUGGCAGAAGAAAAGAAAGCUUACAAGAAAGCCAAAGAGCGUGAAAAGUCAUCUUUGGAAAAAAGGAAACAUGACCCUGAGUGCAAGUCAAAAGCAAAGUCAUCACACUCUAAGUCAAGAGAGAGUGAAGAAGUAUACCGUUCCAAGGUGGACAGGCCAUCACGACCACCACCACCUACAGUGAUGGACCCUGAGGAUCUGGACCACACCUAUUUUACAAACCAGCACAGUGCCACUCGUCACUUCUCAAAGUCGGAGUCCUCACAUAAAGGUUUCUAUAAUAAGCAGUAAAACAAAACAACAACAGAAAUGUAGUACCUGCCUUGAAAAUGGACUUGCUGUAGCACAUAUUAACUGAAUGAUACAAAAUGCAUUCCACGUUGGCUGUUCUCCUUCUAUGUGCCAUUCCUGGGAGUUACUCUCAAGUGUUUUCCUAUAAAAAAUUUCAGUUCACUUCAAAUGUUUUGGUUGUUCUGGUCACUUGGGCAGUAUAGGGAAAUACAGCUUCUGAAUAGAUUUCCUGGGAUGUAAUUAACUGGGUGAAAUGAUACUUGGUAGGUAUUGGCAUCUAGGGACUAGGUUUUAUUUAGCAAUUAGAAGUGUACAGAGAUACAUUAUCAAGUAAGUCUUAACAUUUUUGACUCAAGAAAGUAUAGUUAAGUAUAUGAAAUAGCUGCUUUGUUGUUUAUUCAUUUGAUAUUUUGAAGGAUAUAGUGUUUGGUCUUUAUCCUCUUCAAAAAAAAAAAAAAAAAAAAAAAAAAAAAAAAAAAAAGAAGAAAAAGAAAAAAAAAAAAGAAAGUAAAAUCACAACAACAAAAUAUAGAGGGAAUUCCCAGAGCAGUGAAUUUUGUUACUCUGGACACAUGGAUCAGUAGAUGCUCUGGAUAGUCACGUAACUAACCUGUUAGGAAAGUUGCUCUGAGAGUCAUACUGUAGCAUCGUGAUGCUAUUUCCUCAGUAGUCCUUGGGCAGUACAUCACAUGCUAAUAUUUAUUUGUAAAAACCUUAAUUGUCUGAUACUUUCACUCAGGUUCUUGAAGAAUCAAUUGAAAAUUAAAGAAAAAAAAUAGCCUUGCAAAGCUUUGAUUUUCUAAUUUAAUGUGGAGCCAAAGGAAAUGGAACGAUUUUCUUAAGAGCUGAUGCAAUCAAUCUUAUUGCUGUGUACAUCAAGUGUUUUGCUCCUAGGAUGUAGGAGUUUUUGUUGGCAACCACUCAGUGAUGUUUUAUGAACCUGCAAUGAUUAUACUAAUUCAACACAAAGUUGAAUUUGAUGAAGUGAAUUAUUAUCCAGGUAUACAGUUCUGCUUCUAUGUUGAUGGCCAUUGUAUUCUUUUCCAAAAGACCUUUAAACUCCUCUUCAAAACUGGA